AUGCAAAAGGCGACAUUUUUCAUCCUCCUCAUCACCGUUCUCGUGGUGCAAGCUGACGACAGUCCAACUGAUGCGGAUGUGCAACAUUUGAAAGAAAGCGGCCAAAAGAUAAUUGCGACCGCAAUGCAAGCGAGAGAAAGGGUCAUGAGCAAACUGAGAAAGAGGAUAGAACAAUACCUAGCAAAAGAUAAGUUGGGUGAAAAGAUCCAUGCGGUACUACUUAUACGUAAGUUUGGCAAAAUAUGUCUCCAAUAUGGCUUUGCAUUUUAG